UCGUUCAUUUAUCAUGUUAUAUAGUUACCCUGAAGAUAGAAACAACACGAAGGAUGGAAAACAUAAAGCAUAAGUUAAGCUUGUUUUUCGGGUUGUUUUUGUUUCUAUUUGACCACGGUUCGGACAUUUACGUUGCAGUUCAAUAUUGGAAAAAUGGCGAAACUUGGUGGUUUUGGUUGACAGUUGCCUUCAUCGUUCUCCCAUCAAUCAUUGUCAACAUUACAGCCAUCGUUCAACAGCGGAACAUGAUAUCGUUCAUUGCAGGCUUUUUUCAACUGUCGAUUGUUACUCGUUACCUAGAGGCAAUUUUCCGCUAUGACCAUGUCACUCCCCGUCGUAUUUACUCGCUCGCAAAGCUGCGUUAUUUGGAGACAAUCACGGAAAGCGCGCCACAAUGGUGUCUACAGGUUUACAUCAUGCUACGACAGUGGUCUUUUCCACCAUUUACAAUAGCCUCGAGUAUAUUAUCGUUCCUGUCUUUGGUAUGGAGCAUCAGGACACUGGAAAAAAAGAGAGCUGAAUUUAAAGCAGUCGAUUUCAGCCUGUGCGAAGCAAUCAUAUUUCUGACUUGGCAAAUGUUUACACUGGUAUCAAGAGUUUCUGCAAUCGUUAUUAUCGGUUACCUAUUUCCAUAUGCGCUCCUUUUCCUGCCUUUCCAUUGCUUACUCUUAACGCUGUUAUUUAUUUGUUCCUGUCAACGUUGUAGCGAAGGUAACGCAACUGGUUUUUUAGAAUCCUUGCUUCCAACAUUUCUGGCCACCUAUCCAUCUAUCUAUCACCCUGCGAAUUUGGACGACAUGCUUCCCAUCAAAAAGCCCAAAGCGAAGAUGAUCUUGGCGUAUAUCUCGAUUCAUGUAGAAAAUAUUCUGAUGGUCGCGUUAUCUUCAACGAUUGAGCUUCCAGACGCAAAACACAUGGAUGUGUUGAAACCAGUUGCUAUUUGGUGCCACGCUGGAGGAACAAUGAUAUCUUUCAUUUUCUUUCUAUUGAUGAUGUGUUGGAAGGACAACGCGACCCUGCUCAAGCAAGCAAUGCCAAAUAUACCAUGUCCAUGCUGUCCUGAUCAAUGUCAGCAUUUUCAACCACCUAUCCAAGGCCCUGAGCAUUCUGAUUACGGGACUGAACAAUAUUCAGGAAUUCAAAGGAACGAAGAGAAUACACCUUUGUUGCCUCCUGACAAUUAUUAUACUUGAUUUCGCAGUAUUCAAUAAUUAUAUAUGCUUCGACGCACGGAAAAUUCAGUAACUUCAAAAACUUGGUAGCUUCGAGACAUUUGUAUAUUAGCUGACGCGGAAACAAACGAUGUUUCCUAUAUAAAUCAUACCUUUAGCUUUACACGCACAUGGCAUGCACAGACAUUACGAUAAUUUAAAGAUUGAAAGCAUCACUAGGUAUAUAUAAUCAUACACUAGGAAAACGCGCCUUCUGACAACAGAUCAGCGGUUAAA